CGAAAUCAUUCGCCGAGUGCUCUAGCCCGAUUCUGUUCUGUAGGUAGUAAGUUAGAUCAAAAACCAAGAACAUGUGGAGGGAACGAUAUCUUAAUUUUCUACUCUCUAUGCUAUUACUUUGGCACUUAGGCCUGCUAAAAGUUAAAGGCUUUAAUUUAGAACAACGAAUACCGAUUAUAAAGCAAGGUGAAAAAGGAUCGUACUUUGGAUACUCCGUUGCGCAGCAUCAAAUAGUGACCAGUGGUUCGAUGGACCCAGUGAUAUUAGUUGGAGCUCCACGUGCCCGGCCUUUUAAUGGAAGAAACAAUUCAGGAGUAAUCUACAGGUGUCCGCUGUCAACAACAUGGAAAGAUUGUGCUCAACUUCGAGCAGAGUCAGAUGACUCAUCACACUCUUCCAUAAAAGAUGACCAGUGGCUGGGAGUCUCCUUGAAAAGUAAAGGGAAAGGAGGAUUUGUAAUGACAUGUGCUCAUCGGUAUAUCGAGAAAGCAGGAGAAAGUCAGUGGGGGUUUGGUGUCUGUUAUUCUCUGAAUCAGCAGUUAGAGUACAGACAGAAGUGGUAUCCCUGUGGUGGACGUCCUGUAAACAAAGGUCAUGAACAGUUUGGUUACUGCCAAGCUGGCACCAGCUUAGAUGUUUUAGAUGAUAACAACAUGGUUCUUGGAUCUCCGGGACCGUAUACCUGGCGAGGAACUGUGUUUGUUAACAACCUAGGAGAAGGAAUUCGUGAUGAUAAGACAUGGUACCUUGGACCAUUGGAUGAAUCUCCAGUGGAUAAAUACAGUUAUCUAGGUAUGGCUGUAACCUCGGGAAAAUUCUUUGGAGAGCAUAAAAGUUUCGUGGCAGGAGCACCUCGUUCUAAUGGCACGGGACAAGUAGUUUUUUUCCGUAAGGAGCAGAGAGGUAUCACUGUUCUCUCUGUAGAGCUCCUGUAUUCUGGAAGACAGUUUGCUUCAUCAUUUGGAUAUUCUCUCACUGCUCUGGACAUAAAUCAUGAUGGAUAUGACGAUCUGGUUGUUGGUGCUCCAUUUUAUUUCAGUGACUAUGAAGGAGGAGCAAUUUAUGUUUAUUUGAGUUCUGACAAAGGCAUUGGAACUAAGACAGUGCCAACAAACUUCACAGGGAAACCAGAGUCCAGAUUUGGUUUCGCAGUUGCCAGUGCUGGGGAUUUGAACAAAGAUGGUUUCACUGAUCUAGCUGUGGGUGCUCCCUAUGAAAAUAAUGGAGUGGUUUAUAUCUAUUUGGGAUCAACAGGUGGACUGAUUACAGAGCCUUCCCAGGUUAUUCAAGCAUCCGAUUUUCCUAAGCAAGCGUUAUCACGCACCAGCUUUGCAACUUUUGGCUAUUCCAUCUCAGGUGGUUUAGAUCUUGAUCAAAAUGGCUACCCUGAUCUCUUGAUUGGGAGCUAUGACAGUGAUACUGUGAGUCUGUUAUUGGGACGACCAAUCAUAGAUGUUAUUACAACAGUAGAAGGAAAUCUGAAGAACAUUGAUGCUACUAAACCAGGUUGCGCUGCAGAUCCUUCAUCAACCUUAGUUUGUUUUUCCUUUAAAGCUUGUUUCAAGUUCAAUUCUUCAGUUCUUUCUCACGGAACAAGGAUCAAAAUAAAGUAUCGAAUUGAAGCUGAGCCAAGAAGGAAGUUUUAUCGUGUUUACUUCCAGGCAGCUAAAGAUUCUGAAACGCCCAACAUCGUAGAAAAAGACGUUAUAUUUCAAGGGGAAUCUCUAGGAUCCUUGGAAUGUUCUACAGAAGUCGUCUAUCUUAGGGACAAAAGUGACAUUCAAAAUCCCAUCAACUUUAAAUUGACUUACACACUAAUUCAAAAUGAACCUAAGAUGCCCGAGGAAGGUGAAAGACUACCAAAUGUCAAUCUUUACCCGAUUUUAAAUCAGCAAGAAGCAUCCAAAAACUUCCAGGCUACAUUCAUGAAAAACUGUGGUACCGAUGAUAUCUGUCAAAGCGAUCUUGAGUUUGACGUAGAAUUCAAUUUACCUAAUAUAUCGGAGCCCGAACAGGUGUUUUAUAGUGGUGAAAUUAAAGGAGAGACAGCAAUGAAGAAGGAAGAUGAUAUUGGAAGUUCUCUCCGACAUGUCUAUUCGCUGUAUAAUAAUGGGCCAUCUAGAGUAAGGCAGGUGGAUGUGGUCAUCUCGUGGCCUUACGAGAUAGAAAACGAAAAAAAGCAUGGGAAAUGGUUGCUUUACAUGGUUGGAGUUCCAACGGUUAGUGGACAAGGUGCUUGUGUAAUGUCAGAGAAACAAGUCAACCCCUUGGAUAUUGAGGUUGAUGAAGAUGAUGAUAUUUCAAAUGAUCUUGACAUCCAUCCUAUCGAUGAACGUCGUCGACGUAAACGAGCUACACGGAUAGAGCCAAAGAGUGAGAGAAUAGAUGGAAAGUCAACAAAAGUUGUUUAUUUGGACUGUGAAGAAGGGACAGCCAAGUGUUUCACAUUUGUCUGCACAUUACUGAAUGUAGAAGCUAAGUCAACAUCUUUGAUAAAGAUCCGUGCUCGUCUGUGGAACAGCAGUUUAGUGGAGGAUUAUUCAGAUGUGGACUUAGUCAGUAUUAAAUCUAGAGGUCACAUUGAUACUAGUUCACUCAAAGGCAUUCGAAAUGAUCCAGAGCUUGAUAAAGCAUUUGCUGAAACUAAGGCAUACCCAGAGAUCUCUUUGAUUGGAGGUAAAGGAGGUGUUCCAUGGUGGGUUAUUCUUUUGGCUGUGCUUGGUGGCCUUAUACUCCUCAUCGCUCUGAUUAUUAUAUUAUUCAAGUGUGGGUUUUUCAAGAGGAAACGUCCAGGCUACGAACCAGCACCCCUAGACGAGAAGGAAACAAAUAAUAUCUAAACAGUGAGGCCUAGUGAAAUGGAAAACACAAGCAGUGAUAUAGUAAAUAAAUUUUUAGGUUUUUUUUGCUGUUGUUAUUGUGAAUGUCUGACAAAGUGACCACUGCUAAAGAAGAACGUUGAUCUACCUCAGAUCAAACUGAAAGGCUAUUUAAUUUACAAGACAACAAGCACAGAAAGGACAGCUAUUAUAAAUACUUUUGCAAGUUUGGCCACUAUCUGUGCAUGCGAGACAUGGCCCGUGUGUGUGUGUACAGAAAAAAGAUGGGGAUUGUGGGGAGGGGGGGGGGUGUCUGCGGGUGCUUUUGUUCCUGUGGGUAUGUAGUCCUGAUCUUUUCUUCGUGUUUUCAUAAUAGAUUUUGUGUCAUUGUGAUGUUUUAAACACAUUUAAUGUUUUAGAAACUUUUUGAAACUGUGCUAACAAAUUAAUGAAUGUGAAGUUGUACAGCGGUCAUUCAUAUUAUUACACUGAAGAUGUUUGUAAGUCAUUAUAUUUGUAAGAUUACUCUGAUAAUUUUGAUUUUUUUUCUUAAUCUUAAACAGAAAAAAAAAAGUAUUGAACACUAUCUAUUCAUCAUUAUUGGAUCAAAAUUACUGGAAAAUGCUACUUAAAAUAGAUUAAGCAUACUAAAUGUAUACAGAAAGCGUUAUUUGUUAAAAAAUAUAUAUAUAUUUGAAAAGAAUUAAGUAUAUAGUUAAAUUCUUUUUUGGUAAUGUUUUGGUGAUUUGGUAAUGUUUUGAAAGAAGAAUAUUUUAUGAGUCUGUUAAUAAACAUGGAAUACUGUAUUGUUGUUGUAAGAAGUGUUAGAGCUGAGUUGUCUCCAAGAGAGAGGAAAAUGUUUGAACAAGUAUGAAAAUGUGUCUCUGACAGUGCUUUCUUUUGUCAAACUUUGCAAAAUAGCAAUGGUAAUAAAAUCUUAAAACCACAUUCAAUUAAUCGUUAACUAAUGAAUAUGGUUUUAAAGUGAUUCCUAUAACCAACAGUGCCUUCUUUUCAUUGGUAUAUAUAUAUUUUAUAUAGAUUUUAUCAGAACAUAUUUUUUAAAUUUCUACUUCUAAUAACUGUAAGAUAUUUAAAGUUAUUGAAAUAUCUGAACAUGCCAACACGUGCUCAUUUCAUCUUUGAAACGUUACUGUAACUUUAUGAAAAGAGUAUUGUAACAGUGGAAGAAUGAAACAUUACAACAAAAACAAGUUAUCUCAAGACUAAACAGCAAUAUAGUAAAUAAAUAUAUUCGUUUCUAGCUUUAUACUUUUCUGAGGAAUGUCUUUUGUUGUUUACAACAUUUGAAUUUAAAGUUUAUUUUAAUGUUUAAGUUGAUUAUUUAAAACAAAUAUCAAAAAAAGUACAGCAUUUAUUUUUUCAAUCUAAAAUAUCUUCAAGAUGUUGUUACAAAAUCUUCACCCAUUAUUUAUCUUAUAUCACGAUCGACAAAGCUUAUUUUAAUGAAAAUCACUCCCCACAGUGAACACCACCAUGAUAUAUAAAGUAACAUUCUUGUGUGUUACUACCCUCAACCUUUAUUAAGAUAUAAGUGAUGGAGGGAAAAAAAGCCUCUGUGUAACUCUUUAUUUUUUAUCUGAAAUAUAUGAAGAUAAUAUGUUUUCCAUUUUCUGAGCCCACGUCAUAGUAUUUAUUUUAUGAUAACAAUCAUUCUUUGAUAGAUUGUUUAGGCAGAGUAUUCUUGUUGAAAUUUAGUUGAAUGGACAGCAACUGCCUGUUGUAGAAACACAAAUAUAGAGGGCGAAGUUUUGAAAGUCUUCUGCCUUUUCGUCUUCAGGUCAAAGACAAAAUUUGAAAGAAUUCAACUAACUUUCAAGAUAACAAUCUUGUUACUCUUGAAUUACCAAAAUAUCUGUUGUUGAAACAUUUGAUGUUCUAGACUUACACGAAGUGCCUGUAAACACAAAGCCUAUAUUUUUCACUAAUAAACCAAAUGCUGUGUUACUAAUAUUUACCAUCCAUAUAGCAUCUAUGAUAAUACUUUUUAGAACUUGUUGGCUUAAAUAUAUCUUCAUAUCUGUGUUCUGGUAGUGAAGUAAAACCAUUAUAGCUUAUCCAAGCUACUCUUAAACUUAUAACUUGAAGAAAGUUGUCAUUUGAUACAGUAAAAUAUGUUUGAUUAGAUUUUAUUUUUUAUAAGUAGUUUUAAUAAAGAUACUUAUGGCUGGGGAACAACAUUGUAGAGUGUUUUUAAAUGCUCUUCUACAUUUGUAGUGUACUGAAUAUUUUGAGCAGGAUGCCCAAAAUUAUGAGCAUCAAUGUAGUAUUCUGAUGAAACAUGUUUAUAUGUAUUGUUUUUAUCCACCUUUUGCUGUCAUGAAAGCUCUGUUUAUUUCUUGUUGUUGACAACAUAUUUCCUUCAAUGAAACAAACAAAAUUUAAUUCCACUGUUAGUUAUAAAUCUACAAAAAUUAUAUACAUAGGAUUAUUGUAGAGUAAUCUAUAAAAUACAGGUUUAUUUCAAGUUGUACUCUAUGUAGAGGAGUUCCGUUAAUAAGAAAACUUGAAAUGUUUCAAUAAAAUUAAAGAAAAAAAAACAGAGUUAAAGUGAUUUUUUUUAAUAUGUAUAUUUUCAUAUACCAUUUUAACAUGUAAUAAUUUAAUAGGCAACAUUGUCUCUUAGUGUUGAUAUCUUGCACGGAUACUUCUCUCAUCGAAUUCUUUUCAUUUGUACGUUGAUAUUUUCAUCCAGUUAGAUUUUCUCAAGCUGCAUUCAAAUUCUUCUGAAUUUCACUUGUAUAAUGUAAACUGAAGUUUUUAAGAGAGAGAGAGAGAGAGGGAGUGGUUAAAGUUGAGGUUUGUGUCUCUAAAGAAAAUUCAAAAACUUUGAAAAGUGUCUGUGUUAUAUAUGUUCUUUGCUGUAAUUUUAAAUAACAAUUGAUGCGUUAACUUUAAGAAGUAUUGAUCUUGGAGGAUUUUGUCAGAAAUUGUUUAAUCAGUUUUUUUUUCUUCUUCUGACAGAGUUCUGUCUCUAUUUUUUUUUCUUUGUAUUGUUAUUUAUUGAGGAGUUGAUGUGAAAAUUAUAAGUUUUUACUUGCAUAAUAAUUUGAUAUGGUAAAGAAAUAAUGUAUGGAAAAUCUAUUUAAUUCUAAUUGAAAUGUAUUCUUUGUAAGAUAAACAUGACAACCUAUAACCAGUAAAGAAAUAUUUCAAUUAGCUGUUAAGACUUAAUACAUCUGGGUUUUCUAAUAAUCUUCAUUAGAGUGUUCUAGUAAAUUAAAUGACUUCAAGCUAAAUUCUUGCAUGAAUAAGUAAUCUAUUUUAUUUUAGAGACCCUAUGUUAUUGAUCAUCUAGAAGUAAUCUGUUUCACUCUUAUGUUAGUAAUUGAUCUCAAAGAUUGUUGUAGUUUGAAAAUAGUUUUAUUUCCAUCCUCGCUUAUUUUGAGAAUGCAAUUUUGUUGAAUACCAGUAAAGAUUGGAUUUCUUAUGGAGUUAGAAUCUCGUGAAACAACGUUUUAAAAAGGAACAGUGACGUGAUUUAAAAGGACGUAGUUAAUUUUCUUAGCUAUUUUUAAUUUUUAUUAAGAAGUCACAUUUUUUUAUCAUUAUACUCAAAUACAUGAAUCUGCUAAGUUUGAGUUGUGGUUUUAAGAGGUAUGCAAUGUAAAUAAAAAGGAAACCGACGAUAUGUCAAGCGUCUGUGAAGGUAUUAUAGGUAGCAAAGAUCUUAGGCUUUCGCACGAUCUGAGUCAGAGUUUUUGUGUUAAUGUAUAACUUUAAAGUUUUGUGUCUUGUUUUAUGUAACAUAGUAAUAAGUUUAUUCUAAUCAUGUACACUAAUUACCCUAACUGUUAAAUUGUUUCAUCGCAAAGCUACAAAAUAGGCUAUCUGCGCUCUGUCAAACACUGGGAAUUGAACCCAAGAUUUUAGCGCCGUAAGUCCGUAGUCUUACCGCUAACCCACCGGGGGACUAACUAUUAAGAUACAUACGUGAAGUUGGAGAUUUUAAUAUAUCGUACACUUUGUACUUCGUUAUGAUUAUAAUAUUAAUAAUAUGAAUAAAAUAGCCAAUAGAUGGUGCUAGUGUUACUGGUCCAAUUUACUGAUUGUAAGCGGUUUUGUAGAUAACAAUGGUUGGUGUUCAGUUGUGUUAACAUUGAUGGCUUAUAGAAAAUUAGAAACGAACUUAAAUGUUUUGCAUGGAAUUUUUAGAAGCCAUUGUUUUACUAAAACUCAUUGUUAUCGGAUCUUUUAUUAAGUAACAUAGCUAGAAAACAUUUAUGUUUUAAGAAAAUAAAAAAACAACGUUGUCACUCGCAGGGUAACUAAAAUUUUGUCUCAUACAUGGGGAGUUUUAUUUUGUUUGAUUUCUUGCCUGUGUAAUUUUUUCUGUACAUUUUUACUGGAGACAUUUGGCUCCACAUAAUAAAUUAAUAUCUUUA